AUGACAGCAGAAAGUAAUGGACGGCCAGUUGAGCCAAGCCAGAAGGGGAUGAAUGGCUCUGCCAAUGCUCCGCGGUCGAAGCCCGUCAAGACAGCAAAGGGAUUCAAUCUCUUCAGCGCUAUUUCUAGACUUCUCACCUGGUACUCGAUUAUUACGAUAUUAAUCCGAUGUCCUGCCACGAGCGAUCUCCUCACAGAUACUUCUCCGAAAAUCUGCAAACCAUAUUUCCAGCUACGCUCUGUUGUAGCUCCCCACCUCGAGCCGUACUACCAUACAUACGCCGCCCCGUACGUCGAUGCCGCUCAACCAUACUAUGAUACCCUUGAUCAGAGAAUAAUUACACCCGCGAAGGCGCUGGGCUUGAAAUAUGGCGCUCCUCGGGUGGCGCAAGCACAAGCUUUUGGUCAAGCUCAAUGGGAGAAGACCUUACAGCCCCAGGUUCUGAAAUACCAAGGCAUCGCGAAGGAGAAAUAUGACCAAACACUGGGCCCGCAUGUCGAGAAAGCUUUUGCAGCAGCCGGCCCAUAUUAUGACCUUGCGAAGACCAACGCGCUCCAGACAUAUUACGAGUUUGUUCUUCCAACAUACACCACUAUCGAACCUUACGCCGUUCAGGGCUAUGGUGUGGCAAAUGGCUUUGCCCUUAACACUGCAAUCCCUUACUCGCAAUGGGCUUGGACAACCGCCACCGUUUUCCUGGAUCGAACCGUUUGGCCGAAGCUGCGUAUACUGUACGGCGAGAACGUCGAGCCUCAACUAGUUCGCAUUGGUGAGCGUCUGGGGAGAUAUCGUGACGGCAGGAAAUUGAAGGCUUUGAUUGAUGAAGUGGACAGCUCUUCAUCGGCUUCUGCUGCUACGGAGUCAUUCUCUUCGGUAUUGUCCUCCGUUGCCUCGGCGCAUUCGACGGCUCCUCCGGUUCCUGGUGUCACCCACGAGCCUCAAAUCAGUGAGCAAGAAGCCAAAGCCAAAGACGUAAUGGCAAACGCACAAAAAGUCGUUGCUAAAGAUCUCAAAACUUGGCAAGAGAAGUUCGCAAAGGCUGCUGAUGAAGGUUCAGAUGAGUUAGAGGAACGUAUCACUGAGAUAACCGACAGGCUUAUUCAAAAUCAAGCUCAGGGUGUAGGAAAGGCUCUCGUUAUUCAGUUGGAAGAGACUGUUAAAUCUAGCCUCCAAACUCUGAAAAAGAGCAUUAUUUCUAUUGUCAAAGAUGACAAGGACAUUGAAACAUCGGAAGACGCCCUAAAUGCUGCCGUUCGCAAGGCUGGUGUCGCAAUCAAGGAAAAGGCGCAGGCCGUUCGGACGUGGAGACAGAGUUAUGACCGAGAGGCGAACUCUCUUGUGAGCCAAUCCGCGGAAACCACAUUCGAAAUCCUUGAUAAUAUUCGGGACCUCGGUUUACAGGAAAUUGGUAUGAGGUGGGCCUGGACUGAUGGUAUUACGCACAAAGAUUGGAAAAAAUACCAUCAAUUGAAGAACAAGUUUGACGAGUGGCGAACUGAUGUGGAGAAAGUUUUGACUGAGCACCCAGGACUGGAAAAGGCUCGAGCGGCGUCAGAAGAGGUGGAGAGUCAGGCAAUGGCCAUCGCCGAGGAUGCUGCGAAAGAGCUGGCACGUCUUAAAGAGACUGGCCGCUGGAAGAUCUCAGCUGGAGAUUCGUCCGAUGACUUCAGCACGAAAAUCAUGCCCACGGCUGCUGCAGUAGUAGCCAAGAAAGUGGCGGAGAAGGUCAGCGAGCUCAGCGAGGCUGUGGCCCCAACAUCGCAAGGAAUUGUGGAAUCUGUGGUUUCUAUCGCCUCAUCAAUUGCCGCAUCGCAAAUCGAAAACGUCCAAAGUGCAGUUUCGUCAGCAUCUGCGAGCAUUGUGGGAACUCCUCAAGGAAGCGCCGAAAGCGUUAUCUCAGUCGGAAGUUCAAGCGCAAGCAGCCUUAGUUCAAUCAUUGGAACUUCGCAAGGGACUGUGGAGAGCGCGGUAUCUGUUGCCAAAGCUUCUGGAAGCAGCAUCAUGGACCAAGCAUCAAGCUCCGUCCUUGGCUCUCCGGAAGGGAGCACCAAGAGUAGGAACAGUUUGUCCGAAAAUGCUUCAUCUUCCAUUGUUGGGAAAGAGCCAGAAUCAGCGUCCAGCCUAUCUAGCGCAGCAAGUUCCUCAGUCUCGUCCGGACACAGCAAACUCUCGGAAGGUGCCUUGAAAGCAUCUGCUUCGCUCAGCUCUACCACAUCUUCAAUCACAAGCUCGUUAUCGAAAAGUUCCACUUCUGCCUCGAGUUCAAUCAGCUCCGCAGCGUCCGCAUCAGGCACUGGAUCGAAGAAAGUAUGGGGAGGCGCCAUGGCAGCAGAAGUACCAGCCAGACAGAUCGUUUCUGAGGAUAUUGUAGAUGACUCUGAUGAUAAGCGAAUCACGGACUCAAUUGCUGCGAAAGCUACAGAAGCUUACAGUGCUGCUCUAUCAAGGGCUAGUGACAAUUUUGCACACGCCCGGUCUAUUAUUUCGGCACAGAUUUCAGGAGAACCAAAACCUUACCAUCAAGAGAUCCUCGGUUCUUUGGAAACAGCCUACACUGAUUCCGUAGCAGCAGCUCGCGCAAGAUUACAAGACGCGGUUUCAGCUGCCUCAACCGUCGUCUAUGGAACUCCUACCCCUGCAUACCAAUCUGUUUGGGAGUCACUGUCAUCGACGGCUCAGUCGAGACUGUCAGAUGACCUCAGUGUGGCAUCUGCCCAAUAUGAAGAGGCAAAAAGCUACAUUGCUUCUCUCAAUGCUCCGACCCCCACCCAACAAAAGCUUCUGGACCAAAUUCAAGAGCAAUACUAUGCUGGCGUUGGCAUGGCACACGCUCGCUACUCUGACUUUAUCAACGCUGCCUCUUCGGCCGUCAUGCCAACGAAAACACCUUGGGCCGAGUCAGCUGCAUCAGCCGCAAGUGAAAACUGGGAGGCACUCAUUACGAAAGCUAGCAGCCAGAUCUACGGUGCACCUACGCCAUAUUUUAUCACCCAAAGACCGUUCUCCGAGGCUAUGGAAUACGCAGCACAGGCAACUGAUGGCGUUGCAUCUCAGUAUUCCGCAAUUCAAUCUCUCAUUAGUGAGGUGGUGUCUGGCAAAGAACCGGAUUUCAUAGAGAGCGUUUACAACCUCUUCAGUUCAGUUUUUACCCCACCCCCAACCGUCGAAGCCAUCCUUGAUUCUGCAUCCUCUCGUGUUAAUGAGGCCGUCGAGGCUGCAAGCAUCCAAUUCUACGGUACAACCACAGGAUACGCCGAAGCAGCUCAAAGCUCCAUCACAGACGCAGCUUCCUCGGCCCAAAAGGCAAUCUCAGAAGCCAUCUGGGGCACGCAAACCGGAACUUACGAAAGCGCCACGAGCGCUGCUGCCGAAAGAUAUGCCUCUGCCACAGCAGUAAUCAGCAGGGCCAUAUACGGGCAGGAACAGGGUGUGGUAGAGAGCGCACAAUCAAGGCUUAGCGCCGCGGUGGAAUCUGCCCGCGUCAAGCUCGCCGACUUCGCAGCAUCUGCAGGAGAGGGAGCUAACGAGUAUAUCAAGCAAGCCAGUGAGGGAAUGGAGGACUUCGCAAGCGGCGUGAGCAGUGUGAUGGCCUCUGCCAAACCGAGUGCUAAGGAUGAGCUAUGA